AUGACUAUAAAAAACGUUUGUUGCCUGGGAGCAGGUUACGUAGGGGGGCCUACUUGCAGUGUGAUUGCAUACAAAUGCCCAAAUAUUAAGGUGACUGUAGCAGAUUUAAGCAAGGAAAGAAUAGCACAAUGGAAUUCAGAAAAAUUACCAAUUUAUGAGCCUGGUCUUGAUAAAAUUGUGAAAGAAUGCAGAGGAAAAAACCUAUUUUUUUCCAGUGAUGUUCAAAGGGCAAUUUUGGAUGCAGAAUUAAUAUUUAUAUCAGUCAACACACCUACCAAAAAUAUAGGAAAUGGAAAGGGAAGAGCAGCAGACUUAAAAUAUGUAGAGGGAGCGGCGAGAUUGAUCGCCGAGGUGGCGAAAAGUGACAAAAUAGUCGUCGAAAAAAGCACAGUGCCAGUUAAAGCUGCGGACAGUAUUAUGAAAAUUUUACGGGCCAACCAAAAACAAGGCAUCUCCUAUCAAAUACUCUCGAAUCCUGAAUUUUUGGCGGAAGGUACCGCCAUUAAUGAUCUACUUAAUGCCGACAGAGUGUUGAUUGGUGGCGAGGAGACUCCAGAGGGACAAGCUGCAAUAGAGGCUCUAUGUGGGAUAUACGAAAAUUGGAUACCAAAGUCGAAGAUUUUGACUACCAAUACGUGGUCGUCGGAACUUUCAAAACUAGCCGCAAAUGCAAUGUUAGCUCAAAGAAUAUCCAGUAUAAAUUCCUUAUCAGCUGUGUGUGAGGCAACAGGUGCUGAUAUCUCUGAAGUAGCCAAAGCAAUUGGAUGUGAUACCAGAAUCGGUGCAAAAUUUUUACAAGCUUCAAUAGGUUUUGGUGGUAGUUGUUUCCAAAAAGACAUUCUAAACUUGGUUUACAUUUGCGAAUGCCUAAACUUGCCAGAGGUUGCCCAGUAUUGGCAGCAAGUAAUUGACAUGAACGACUUCCAAAAAACUCGGUUUACCUCGAAAGUUAUACAAUCUUUGUUCAAUACAGUAAGCGGUAAAAAAAUCUGCAUUCUUGGAUUUGCAUUUAAAAAAAACACAGGGGAUACCAGAGAAAGCCCUGCUAUUCAUGUAGCAAACACUCUAUUGGAUGAGGGAGCCUGUAUACAUAUCUAUGAUCCAAAAGUUGAAGAAUCUCAGAUUUUUGAGGAUUUAUCCCAUCGACAAAAUAUUUUUGUGUAUCAAGAUGCUUACAGUGCCACACAAGGGUGUCAUGCCAUUGUAAUUUGUACUGAAUGGGACGAAUUUAUGAUUUUGGACUUUAAUAAAAUUUACGAAGGAAUGAUGAAACCCUCAUAUAUUUUUGAUGGUAGAAAAAUUCUAGAUCAUGAAGCUUUAAUUCAAAUUGGUUUCCAAGUCCAGACAAUUGGACGAAAAUUGGAAAGAGAAUUUGUUCCAAGGUCCUGGAGCACAUUGGAAUAA